CAUAGAAAAUCUUGUCAUCUUUAACAAAGGCAUAACAUUGUUAGACAACUAGUUUAGUGGAACUGUCACAAAAACAUUUGGGGCCUGAUUAGAUUCAAGACAGGCCCAAUCAAUGGAUUUCAAACUCAAAGCCCAAUACUAUUAGCGGGUUAUAUGGACCCGAAUACCGAAGGAUAUCAGCCCCAAUUUGAAAUUGCGCGAGUCUACUUCGGCGCGUUCAGAUCACUCUCCGUCGACCGGCGAACUUCCUCCUCUCCUGCUCUUUCUCCGGCAAAUCAAGUGAUUGGAUUUUUGAAACAUGACGUUGCUAAAGAGGUAUGUGUUGAGAUUGUUCAUAUCGUUGAAGUACAUCACUGCAAAUGUGGUUGAUAGAAACAACGGACGAAUUGUAGCAACAUCAUCUACGGUUGAACAUUCAGUGAAACAGUCUCUGGAGUGCGGUAGAACUUGCAAUGCAAAGGCAGCAGCAAUCGUAGGAGAAGUGUUGGCAAUGCGUCUCAAAGUGGAGGGUCUUGAUCAGGGGCAAGAAAACGGGAUCCAUGUCAAUGUAAAUAAGGAGGUUGAGAAGAAAGGUUUCAAGAAUCGCACAAAAGUCUGGGCUAUAGUUAACGGCCUUAAGAACAAUGGAGUGAAACUUAUUUUGGAUGACAAUGAAAAUGACAUUUCUCGCCCUAACUUCCACUAGAAUAGUGCGUUGAUCCUCCUAUCACAUGCCUACAAGGUCUCGCUACUAUAGUUGAAGAAGGUGGAGUCAUAGUUGAGCCUGGGCAACUGAGAUGGAAUAGAACGAGAUCAACACGUAUUUGCAGAUCCAAGAUUUGCAGUGUAGCCGUCCACAAUUGGGUUCACGGUCAAAUAUUUAGUAGAUUUCUUUAAUACAUAUUCUGCAGGACUUAAGAUGGCAGUCUCAUCUUACUCGCUUUCUUCGUACAAUUUAGACCAGUUUUUUUUCAUCAUCUAUCUAAAGUUUCAGCUUAACAGAGCUCAAAUAAACAAGUUGUUGUGUAUCCAGUUCUAAAUUUUGUAUUGUAGAUUUGUAAUGAUCGUUGCAAUCAAUAAAUUGCUGAAUUCAUACAUA